CCCUAUACACUUUACUUAUAAAAUAAGUCAAAAUCCUCAGCUCUUGCUCAGUUGCUCUAUACGACUAUACCUUUUUAUUCCGUAUAAAUUGAACUCCCACAAAAUUUUCACCUUCUUUUGUAGAAGUUGUUACUCUUCUUUGCCGGAGUUGUCUUUCAAUAUGGAUGAUGACUCAAGUCAAGCACUCGGUGUGAUUACGAGUGAAAACGCACAUAUGAUUGAGUCUCUCAAUUCAACACCAGAAGAUGAUCAACUAUCGACAAAGAGAAAAUCUAUGCUACCUAGAUCUCUUGCUUGGCCGCAUUAUGAGAAGUUCGUAGAACAUGGGGUUACCAAAGCAAAGUGUAAGUAUUGUGGUAAAGUUCUUAAAGCUGCUUCUAGAAAUGGAACAACCGGGCUGAAUAAUCAUUUGAAAAUCUGUCCUAAAAAUCCAAAUAAAGUAAACAUUUUCAAGCAAAUAUAUAUAAACUUUCCACUACAAGGUGAGAAAGGUGAUGGGGCAUCUUGGAGUUUUGAUCAAGAGGUAUCUAGGAGGAGUUUAGUUGAGAUGUUAAUUAUUGAUGAGCUUCCUUUUUGUUUUGUAGAGAAGGAAGGUUUUAAGAAGUUUAUGAGAAAAACUCAAACCUUUAUUUCGAAUUCCCUCCCGCAAGACAUUGACUAGGGAUUGUUAUGUAAUUUUUGGUGAAGAGAAACAAAAUUUGAUAAAGUAUUUUAAAGAAACAUCACCUAGAGUUUGUCUAACCACAGACACGUGGACUUCUUUACAAAGAAUAAAACAGAUUUUAAACUUUCAAGUUGUCUCUAAUCAUAAGGGUAACGAAAUGGCCCAUUGUGUUAGUACGUGUUUGCUUGAUUGGAAAUUGGACAAAAUGUUCACUAUAACAGUAGAUAAUGCUUCUUCAAAUGAUGUCAUGGUAAAAGAAUUAUACAAACAAUUGGUAAAUUGGGGAUCUAACAUGAAAUUUGGCGAGCAUCUUCAUGUCAGAUGUAUGGCUCACAUUCUCAAUCUAAUAGUACAAGAUGACUUGAAGGAAAUUGGUGCAUCUGUCAAACGUGUUAGACAAAUGGUGAAGUAUAUUAAAGUAUCUCCUGCAAGGAUUAGAAAAUUUAACGAAUGUUGUGGAUUUGAAAAUAUAGAAUGUAAGAAGUCAUUGUGUUUGGAUGUUCCUACUAGGUGGAAUUCUACCUAUUUGAUGUUGGAUACUGCACAUCAUUUUGAGACUGCAUUUAAUAGGUAUGAUCGUGAAGAUAGUGGAUUGUCAAUUUAUCUUGCUACUAAUGUUUGUGAAGAUGGUAGUGUUACAGGUGUGUUUAAAAAUGAUGAUUGGCAAAAUGUGAGAAAUAUGGUAAUAUUUCUUAAUAGGUUUUAUGAUCUAACUGUGAAGGUUUCAGGUGCACUCUAUGUUACUUCUAAUGUUCAUUUUGAAGACAUAAUUGAGCUUUACAACUAUUUAAAAGAAUGUAUGGAAGAUAAUGAUUUUGCUUUGAGAAAAAUAGCAAAAAAAAUGAAAGAAAAGUUUGUCAAGUAUUGGGGUGCUCCUGAAAAAAUAAAUAAGCUAUUCUUUAUUGCCUCUAUCUUAGAUCCUCGUAACAAUCGUGCAUAUGUGGGAGAUGCACUUGUGGAUAUGUAUGGAGAGGAAAGGGGGAGUAAAAUAAGAGAUGAAGUGGAGACUUAUAUGAAAUCUCUGUUUCA